UCCCGCUCCAUUUCUCCAUCCUUCGCCACUCUUCUCUCGCGUUCGUGAGGGAAAGAACGAGAAAUAAAGACACUAUGUCUCACCGUAAGUUCGAGCAUCCCCGACAUGGUUCUCUUGGCUUCCUUCCUAGAAAAAGAGCCUCCCGACAUAGAGGAAAAGUGAAAUCAUUCCCAAGGGAUGAUCCAAGCAAGCCUCCUAGACUGACUGCCUUUCUAGGAUACAAGGCUGGGAUGACACACAUAGUCAGGGAAGUUGAGAAACCAGGAUCAAAGCUCCAUAAGAAGGAAGCAUGUGAAGCUGUAACAGUUAUUGAAGCACCCCCAAUGAUUGUUGUCGGUGUUGUUGGUUAUGUCAAGACCCCCCGUGGUCUUCGCUCACUGAACACUGUUUGGGCUCAGCAUCUUAGUGAGGAAAUAAAGAGGAGAUUUUACAAAAACUGGUACAAGUCCAAGAAGAAAGCAUUUACUAAGUAUUCAAAGAAGUAUGAAACUGAAGAUGGCAAAAAAGAAAUCCAGGCACAGCUAGAAAAGAUGAAGAAGUAUGCGUCUGUUAUUCGUGUUUUGGCUCACACUCAGAUUAGAAGGAUGAAGGGGUUGAAACAGAAGAAGGCACACCUGAUGGAGAUCCAGGUGAAUGGUGGAGACGUUGCCCAGAAAGUUGAUUAUGCUUACAGCUUUUUCGAGAAGCAAAUUCCUGUAGAUGCUGUUUUCCAGAAGGACGAGAUGAUAGACAUCAUAGGAGUUACCAAGGGCAAGGGUUAUGAAGGUGUGGUGACUCGUUGGGGUGUCACUCGUCUUCCCCGCAAAACCCACCGUGGGCUGCGCAAGGUGGCUUGUAUCGGUGCUUGGCAUCCAGCUAGGGUUUCAUUCACGGUGGCCAGGGCUGGGCAGAAUGGUUACCAUCACCGCACAGAGUUGAACAAGAAAAUUUAUAAGCUUGGAAAGGCUGGAGAGGAGUCUCAUAAGGCUAUCACUGAAUUCGACAGGACUGAGAAGGAUAUAACUCCAAUGGGAGGCUUCCCACAUUAUGGGGUGGUUAAGGAUGAUUACAUAUUGAUUAAAGGCUGCUGUGUGGGACCAAAGAAGCGGGUUGUCACUUUGAGGCAGUCAUUGCUGAAGCAAACCUCACGUGUGGCUAUGGAGGAGAUCAAGCUCAAGUUCAUUGAUACCUCAUCCAAAUUUGGGCAUGGCCGCUUCCAAACCACAGAGGAGAAGGGCAAAUUUUAUGGAAGGCUCAAGGUUUGAUUAGGACUGUUAUAGGUUAAAAAGAUAAGAUGCCGCUUUAUAUUCCUAUUUGAUUCAAAAGCGUGUUUGAAUUCUUGCCCUCCUGGACCUUGAAAAACUUCAGUGUUGUUUUUGGACCCUUGGCUAAAAUGUUUUUUUCCGAGGCAUAAAAUGAAUUUCAAGUUGUGUUCGAGUUUCCAA